AUGAUUCGACAAGAGGCAGAUCCCCUUUUACAGCCCCUGAUUGGCAGUCGCCCGACAGCAACAGAUCGAGUAGUCAACCUGGUAGUCGGCACGCUGACAUCUGUGUUGGUUGUGGUGACACUGAUAAUGGCAUGUGCCUAUGGGGGUUGGCCACCAGAUGCCGUCGAUGUCUACUUUGCUUUUGUGAUACUGUUUGUGUGUGCUUCUCUUGUAGUAUUGAUUUAUUGGUAUCGGCAAGGUGACCUGGAGUCCAAAUUCAGACGUAUGAUUUUCUACAAUGCAUUCACAAUUGCUCUGUUAUGUGUGGCUGGAAACUUGUACAUUGCCGGCGUUGGUACUAGCUGUGAUUCUUAG